CCAUCGUCUCUUUACUCAAACCUCAAUAGGGAAAUUAGGAACCGAAGUGAUCCCCAAACCCCCAUUGAUGCCCUGUGACACAUCCGAGUUGAAGAAAGGGCAAUUCCGAUAGCGAGAAAGGGCUCCCGAUAGCGAGAAAGGGCCCUAGAGUUAUCUCGAUAUCAUACUAGAAGUAAUAUAUACACAACUGAAGAAUGGCGAGUGACGAAGAGGAUUUCGUGUUCUUCGGAACACCAAUCGAGCGGGAAGAAGAUAUAACCAGCCGUAAGAAAAAAUCGAUUGCAGAAGCUUCUGGUCAGCUGCGGACCCUUGCUCCUUGGAAACAAGAGGUAAGAGAUGAAGAAGGGAGAAGAAGGUUUCAUGGGGCAUUUAGUGGAGGAUUUUCUGCUGGCUACUUCAAUACUGUGGGCUCCAAAGAGGGAUGGACUCCACAAACAUUUACAUCAUCAAGGAAGAACAGAGCUGAAAUAAAGCAACAAGAUCUUUCAAACUUUUUGGACGACGAUGAGAAAGCUGAACUGGAAGGCAAUUCUUUGGGGACAUCAAUGCAGUUUGACACCUUUGGAUUUACUGCAGCAGAAGUGGCUAGGAAGCAGGUUGAGAAAGAACAAAAUGAGAGGCCAUCAGCUAUUCCUGGACCUGCUCCUGAUGAAAUAGUUGUUCCAGCCACAGAUCCUAUAGGUGUCAGAUUGAUGCUGAAAAUGGGAUGGCGUCGUGGUCACUCAAUAAAGAGUUCAAAAACCAGUUCACUUUAUGAUGCUCGCAGAGAAGCUAGAAAAGCUUUUCUUGCUCUUUCUGAAGAUGCUAAAGCACCUGUUGCGGGUCCCACUCAAGCUGAAGCUGAGGAUGACAUAGAGCUCUCUACUGAUGGUGUUAGUCAGCUCCACAAAAGUACUCCAGUUUAUGUGCUAAAUCCAAAGCAGGAUAUGCAUGGUCUAGGCUACGAUCCAUUUAAAGGUGCUCCAGAGUUCAGGGAAAACAAAAGGUCGCAUUUACCUGGGAAUAAGGAAUCAGGCCACAAAAGGCAGCCACCAAAGAAAGAUGGCCUCUUCUCCUUCAAAACAAGAAAUGUUGCCCCUGGUUUUGGCAUUGGAGCCCUUGAAGAGCUUGAUGCAGAAGAUGAGGAUGUGUAUGCAUCAGGUUAUGAUUUUGAAGCUUUUGUAGAAGAAAUCGAGGAACCUACAAAGUUAGCCAUAGAGGAUAAAAAGAAAACCACUGUAAAACAACAUGGUAUUCUCCCUGGUUUCAAACCCGCAACCAAUUCUGACUACCAGUUAGAAAGAUUUGAUCCUCCAGUAGUCCCAAAAGAUUUUGUCCCACAUCAUAACUUCCCUGCUACAUCCGAAGUCAACCACAAAAUGACAGAAUUGCCCCCGAAAGAUGUCCCUCCACCUGAGGAUAACAAUUUAAAGAUUUUAAUCGAAGGAGUUGCGACUUUAGUAGCUCGUUGUGGUCCAUUAUUUGAGGAACUUUCCCGAGAGAAAAACCAGUCAAAUCCACUGUUUGACUUUCUUAAUGGUGGAAAUGGGCAUGAUUACUAUAAAAGGAAACUAUGGGAGGCGAAACAGAAACAUGGUGACAAAAUCAAACCGCUUUUGAAAGAAAAAGUAACUCCAAAUACACAGAAAAUGACAGCAGAAAGCCGUGGAAACAUUUUAGGAGAAAAGCCUCUGUUGAGAAGUGUAGCAAAAGACGUUCCUGCCCCUGUCAGUGUCACUGAAACUGUCAAUCUUCAGUUCCAUCUAUCAGAUACAUUCACCGAACCUUCAUCAUUUGUGGAGCCCACAGAGAUUACAAAACCAUUCCAGCAUGACCCUGCAAAGCAAGACCGAUUUGAGCAGUACAUGAAGGAAAAAUAUCACGGAGGCUUACGCACAAAAGAUGCGGGAGAAUCGAGUAAAAUGUCAGAAUCUGCACGUGCUCGUGAAAGAUUGGAGUUUGAGGCUGCUGCAGAAGCAAUAACACAAGGAAAAUGGGGAAAAGAAAGUCAACCUUCCGGUCAACAGAUUUUGGGUGUGCCAGGUGGCAGAGGGCUGCAGUUCACUUCUGGUGGAUCCGAGAAAAUGGAAGUUAGUCGAGGUGAAGAGACAAUAGAGAAGAGUAUGUUCCCGAAACGUGAAGAGUUUCAAUGGCGACCUGCAUCUAUUUUAUGCAAGCGCUUUGAUUUAAUCGAUCCUUACAUGGGAAAGCCGCCACCUCCUCCAAGAUCAAGAAGCAAGUUGGAUUCUCUCAUUUUCAUGCCAGAUUAUGUUAAGGCUGCAACAGAAGUGGAAAAGACAUUCUCAAACAACAAGUUGCCUGUUUCCCAAUUGGAUGAAAAAGGCGAGACAAGUGUUGAAGAUGUUGUUGAGGUUGAAAAUGUUGAGAGACCAGUCGACCUGUAUAAGGCUAUAUUCUCUGAUGAUUCGGAUGAUGAAGAGGGAAGUUCAAACAUUAUUAUUAACCAACCACAAUCAGAAGAUCCAACAAAGAAAAUAGAAGCUGCAAAUACGACUUUAAGUCGUUUAGUGGCUGGUGACUUUCUGGAAUCUUUAGGGAAAGAGCUUGGGCUCGAGGUCCCCCCUGAGAAUCAUGUCAAUGUCAAGCCCCCCCAACCUACUCAAAAGUCAACUCCACAGAAACAAGAACCCAUCAAUUCCGAUUCCCAUAAAGACAUCAACAGAAUACAAGAGAACAGCUCUAAAAACGAUGCCUCGGAACUUAAUCAUGAAAAAAGAGACACCAAGGUUGAAAGGAAGGGAAGUUCUUCAGAGGACGAUAGGAAACGGAAACGAUCUAAACGACAUCGGAAUCGGAAUCGGAAUGGGAGUAGUUCGGAUGGGAAUGCAAGUGAGUCCUCUGAUGAUUACCGGGAUCGGGAUCGACACAGUUCGAGACGGAAAGAGAGAAAGAAGGAAUCUUCUCGCGAUCGGAGUAGUAGUCAUGGGAGACAUCGAAAGCAUAGAAGCCGGGAUUCGUCCAGCAAAUCCCGACGUUAUGAUGAUAAAGAUUAUGGAGAUGGGAAGAGAGAGAAGAGGAAAUCGAGAGACUGAAGAAUAAUAUACAAGUUUUGGAUUUUUUAUUUACAUAGAAAAUGUAAUGUCAUUGUAAUCUUCAACACAGAUUUAUGGUGUCAAAAUGAAUUUCAAGGCUACAGUUGUUUUAGUUCUAUUAUGAUGU